AUCAAACGAGGGUUUCACAUAAUGGAAUCCAUCGAUUUCAAUUCCCUAAAUGCCGUUCCACCAUCAUUAGUGUAAUUAAAUGAUUGUGCAUAAUUCGGAGCAAUCGCGACGUCACCAAGGAGCGCACCCGUCUAGGAAGUGACGUGUCGAGCCGUGCCAAAGGAAGUUUGUGCGGGCGCUGGGAGAGAAAGUUUCCCCGGAGCAGCAGCGAUUGGAGCGGGAAUAACACUGACACAGCCGCCGCUGGUGGACCGAGCGGACCGGAGCGGGAAGAAAGUGCGUUGGGUCGGGCGUGGAUGCGUGUUGCGGCGUUGGAGAGGCUGCAGUGGAUUCGUGUGGCCGUGUGAUCGUUUCUCCGCCGCUGUGAGAUGGGGAAGGAGCAGGAACUGCUGGAGGCGGCGCGCACCGGGAAUCUGGCCGCCGUUGAGAAGCUGCUGUCCGGGAAGAGACAAUCGGCCGGAUCGGCCGCUGCGAGUGGUGCUGGAUCUUCUGGGAAUAUCGGGAGCGGCGGGCACAGCUCUUCCCACACGCUCUCCAGUCUGCUCAGUAUCUGGAGGGGCCCAAAUGUGAACUGUGUGGACAGCACUGGAUACACACCUCUACACCACGCUGCUUUAAAUGGACACAAUGAGGUGGUGGAAGUACUUCUGCGGAACGAGGCUCUGACGAACAUCGCUGACAACAAGGGCUGUUACCCUCUGCACCUGGCGGCGUGGAAGGGAGACCAGCGAAUCGUCAAACUUCUCGUCCAUCAGGGUCCAUCUCACCCCAAACUCAAUGAACAGUGUGUGUGUGUGUGUGUGUGUAUGUGUGAGGCUGAACACAUCUCCUUCCUGUUUUCUCCCCUCUCCCAGAGCUCUCUAGACCACACAGAGUUCAAACGCUGUGGCCCAUUUGACCCCUAUAUUAAUGCCAAGAACAACGACAACGAGACGCCGUUGCACUGUGCGGCUCAGUACGGACACACGCAGGUGGUGCAGCUGCUGCUGGAGGAGUUAACCGACCCCACCAUGCGCAACAACAAGUUUGAGACACCGCUCGACCUGGCGGCGCUCUACGGCAGGCUGGAGGUUGUCAAACUUCUGCUCAGCGCUCAUCCCAACCUGCUCAGCUCCAACACCAAGAAACACACCCCUCUCCACCUGGCCUCCCGCAACGGACACCUGCCCGUGGUGGAGGUUCUGCUGGCCGCCGGCGUGGAUAUCAACUACCAGACAGAGAAAGGCAGUGCCCUUCAUGAAGCAGCUCUAUUCGGAAAGACAGAAGUAGUACAAAAACUACUCAACGCAGGUAUUGAUGUAAAUAUCGUGGACAGUAAGAAUCUAACAGCGCUGGACACUGUUAGAGACAUGCCCUCUCAAAAGAGCCGACAGAUCGCCGCCCUCAUACAAGCUCAUAUGAGCGGCCGUCCAUCAGACACGAGCCUCCCUCCUCCACCAGUGCCUCCACCUCAAGAGAGCCUGAGUCCCAAGAGAAAAGGAGAAAUGGAGCAGCAGGUCAGUGAGCUCAUAUCCUGUUUGUCUCCGACCCCUGUGGAAGAGAGUCCGUAUGAAGCGCUGUUUGAGGCCUCCUCGUGUCACUCACUCGACAGCCUGGCCAGCGGAAAAUCAUCGGACAGAGACUCUGGACGGCCAGACAGUGAAGCCGGGAAGAAAGAGCGAUAUCCUUCACAGAAUCAGCCUGCACAGGAAGAGGAGCUCCGCUCUGAGGCAGUUCACACCAACAGCAGUGUGAAUGAAUGCAUCAAGCCCCUGGAAGAGGAAGACCACACAUAUGAACUGUUAGUCACAGCGCAGACCAAAAUCCCCAACAACACACAAAACAAGACAGAUGUGAAUAUCUCAGCCAAGUCUUCCAACAGUGUCCUACCUCAGCGAAAGACCACCGCACACAUUGACCUACGACCUCCAGGGUCCAACACAAACACACUGCAGCCGCCUGCACCUCCUUUUAGCACAGGCCAGACGUCUGGAGAGAGCUCUACAAGCGCUGCCGUUCCUGAGCAGUUCACUGGUCUGCUUCACGGUUCCUCGCCGGUGGUCGACUGUCGGGAGGAAGCAUUCAGACUGCCGUCCUCUGGAGUGAAGUCCGGUGAGGCUUCCAACACUUCGACAUCUGCGAGCUCAGCCCCCCUUCCCCAUCCCAAAUCGGCAGUCACCAUGGAAACCAUUCUUCAGGACACUGACCCCAAGGCUAUCUAUGCCACAGUCCACAAAGAGCCACGAGAUUCGCCAAAACGCAACUCACCGGCCCGCGAUCCUCCGUUGAUGAGAAGGAUGCCUCCACCGGGAGAUCUCAAGCUAGCACGUAGCCUUUCAAAGUCCGACUCUGAUCUGCUGGUGUCCCCACCCGGUGAGGAAGAGACGGGGUUGGGUGGGCGAAGUGAGUCGGUGUCCAACUGCAGCACUGCCAAGAGAAGGCUUGAAAAAUCACCUUCGUUCACUUCAGAAUGGGACGAGUGUAAUAUCUGAUGCUGUCUUGACAGUUUUUGUGGAAUUUGAAGCUGGAUUCUUUCCAUGGAACACAGAAUUGUACAUUUCUGGGGGUGUUAAAGGAAUGCUCUGGCUUCAGUACACCUCAUCUUUGUUAUUUA